AGCAUGUAAAAUAGGUGUGAAACUCAAUUAUAUAAAGCGGGAUGCACUUUUUCAGCUAUUAUAUUAAUAUUACUAAUGUAAUUUACUGUCUAUAUUGUGAACAAUUUAAAUACGUACAUAACCGAUGGACAGCCUUGAGGUGAAGGAAGACACGCUGCUUUGAUGAUAAUUUUCUAUUACAUAUGAGGCAUUCAAAAUCGUUCCUUCCUUUCUGGCACCAUUUCAACUUUUCAUUCGCUGCCAUCUUUUCACAAAUCAGGGUGGUUUAAAUUCUUCUUCUUGAAGAUAAACUUUUAUUGUGUCAAAACGUAAGUGCGACGUAGAUUUGAUGUAUUCGUCACUGCCAAAUGUAUCUCGCAACGUGAUUGGCUCAAUUUAUUGGCAGAAAAAGUUGUACGCGCGUUUUCAUCGAACGCAGGAGACAUGGCUAGAUUUGCUAUUGUUCACUGGGAAGACCAUUUUGUUAGCUUAAUUAACUUAGAGACAGUGAAAGAACCACGUAAACCUGUGCUGGAAUACAGAGAAGGGGAAUUCAUUACUGCCACAUAUGGUAAAAAACCGUACAAGGCGAGGAUUUCAGAAAUCAGUACAGAUCGAGCAUCAUUACAGUCAAAGAGCAAGGACGGGAAGUUUCCACUUAAGUAUACUUACAGUGAUGAUGUUCCUGUUGUAGAGGGAAACUUGGACAAAUCUACAGUAAGCACGUCUCGCCAAGAUGAAGAAGAGGCAACAGAUUCCUUAGAGCCAGAAGUUGUUCAGCGGGAUGUUCAGUGGAAUUAUGACAGUACUAGUGACUUAUCAACUAUCAAUGAAGAAAUGCCACCAGUUGGAGAAUCAACACCAGAUACAGACACCACAGCAAGUGAUGUUGUCGACACCACUGUAGAAAUGCCUUUGCAAGUUAUCCCUGAAGCAAAAAGACAUUCAAAAAGUCCAACCCCACCUUCUUUAUCUAGCAAAGUAAGAAAGUUGGAGAAAAAGUAUGAAGCUCUGGAAAGAGAGGUAAGGCACCUCAAAAAAAAGCUACGGGCUUCCGUUGCAGAUGUGGCCCCACACACAGUUCCUGGGCCAAGCAGCAGUCCUCAGGCAGCAUCUGAUGGCCCAAGUGUGGAGGAACUGUUGCAGUGUGUAUCACAUUUAUCAAGUAAAGAUGUUGGGAUUAUCCUCCGUACUUUGGUCUACAAAGUUUUUGAAAACGAGGAUCUCCUCAACUGUUCAAGGACAGGGAAGAAAACUGUGAAUUCAAGAGAUAACCCUAAACCUCCAUUGAAUGCUAUUAAGUUAGAGAUUGUGCAAACAGCCGUCAUGAGAAAGUGCGAAAUAAGUGUUGAGGUCUUCAAAAAAAAAUUUGACAAUUUUUUGAAAAUGGAAAGACGUAAGAGUCGUGCAGCAAGUUCACAAAUGAUCUAAACCUGUAUCUUAAAUGUAUCUUAAAUGUAUCUUAAAACUUGAACAUUUUGAAGACGAGUUUGUGUAAUUAAAAUAAUGUAAAAAUGAAAACCUAGUCUCUUUCAGUUUUUUACAGCAGGUAUCCUGUGAGAAAUGGCGGAUAGUAACCAAGACAUUAAAGAAGGUUUCAGUGACUAUUAGGUGAAAAUGGUAAUGUUUCUCUUGAACAGAUUUGGGACCUGUCAGGAAUGCUGUAGAACAGGUCAUGAACUCCAUCAGUAUUAAAAUGCUGGAACAGUGAAUGAAGUGUUCUAGAUCAUAACUGGUAGGGCUGAAACUGUUCUAGAACAAUUCAGGAAAAAGAUGUAAUUAGGACAGUUCAAGAAAUUUAAUUCUAGAACGUUAAAUGCUGUUGAAAAUCCAUGUCUCAUUUAACGUUCUAGAACAAUUCCUGAGUGUUUCUUCACGAACAACUCUGUAAUUUUUGUUCCAGAUCAAUCCCUGAUUCUGAUGUUCUAGAACUGUUGAUUGAUGCUACUGUUCUUGAACUCCUUUGUUCUGGUACACUUCCAGUGUUGUCUCAUUUAACAAAAUUUAACGUUCUUGAACUGCACCAGAUCAAUAAUGGUACAUUUUUAGUGGUUCUAGAACAUACAAACAAGAAAUGUUAUGGGAUUAUUCUUGAAAAAUACCAGGACUUUUCAUAGAGGCUGUAAAGUGGGUGAUG